AUGAUAAUGAAUUUAAAAAUAACUUUAAUAUUAUCAAUUUUAACAAUUGUUAAUGCUGCUGAUAAUUUAGGUGGAUUAGAUGGAAGUUCAAAUAAUAAUUCUGGAAAUAAUAAUAAUAAUAAUGAAGAAUCAACAAGAGGACAAACUACGACUGCUGCAACUACUCAAACAACAAAUGCUCAAGCUACAAAUACAGCUGUGACUACUCAAAAUCCAACAAAUACUAUAAACACUGUCACAACUAAUAAUCAAGGUCAAAGUCUUGUUUUAAUUAAUACUCAAAAUACUAAUAGUCAACAACGUACAGAAAAUAAUUCACAACAACAAACUCAACAAACUCAACAAUCACAAACUCAAGCUCAAACUCAAAGUCAACAAACUGGAUCAACUACUGUUUGGUGGACUCCAAGUACGACUAUUGAAUCUACUGCAACCACCAGAGUCAAUUCACAACAAUCACAACAAACUAUAGCAAAAACAUCAACAAUUGCAUCACUUCAACAAACUCAACCAUCAGGCACAGGAUCAAUUAGUUUCAACCAAUGGGGAUUUACAGGUACUCAAACAGCAUGGGAAGCAAAUACUUUAACAACAGGUCAAACUUCAGAUGAAAGUAAUUCAAAUAGUAGAUCAAAUUCAAAUUCAAAUUCAGGUUCAAGUCAAUCUAGUUCUAUUACUAGAUCUAUUAAUAGUACUUCAAAUGCUAUUAAAUUAAAUUUAUUAAGUGCUGGUAAUAAUAAAGAUAAAUCAUUUUUUAUACAACAAUUUUCAUUAAUUUUUGGAGUUGUUUUGAUUAGUAUUUUAUUUGGUAGUUUAUAG